UUGUGCCCUAAAACAGAUGGCAAGAAUAACACAACGUGAACGAAGAAAGAAGGCAAAGCGUGAGGCAUUGUUAGCACUUCUAUGUGUCAUGAGAAUAGUUAAUAAUGUUUUGAGCCUGUAUAUGCUAAUUACGGGCUUGAUUGGGGAAAGGGUUCGACAAAGGCCUCGUUUGCGUCUGAAUCCUAAUGUUUACCAACACCAAAUAGACGCACUUAAUAGGUUGAUACGUGGGAGUGACACAGACUGUCACAAUCAAUUGAGGGUAAAUAAGUAUACCUUCAUGAGUUUGUGCCAUUUACUUGAGCAAAAUGGACUAGAGGGGUCUAGGAACGUCACUCUUGUGGAGAGAGUUGCGAUAUUUUUGUGGAUUCUUUCGCACCAUACAAAAAAUAGGCGUACGACUUUCCAAUUUUGGAGAUCAGGGGAAACAAUUAGUAGGCAUUUCAACGCUGUUUUGCUGGUGGUGUUGCGCCUUCACAAUGUCUUGUGGCAUCAUCCAAAAGCUAUUCCUGCUAAUGAGCCGGAUGUUAGGUGGAAAUGGUUUGAGAAUUGUCUAGGGGCUUUAGACGGUACCUUCAUACCUGUCCUCCCCCCAACCGAAAUGAAGGCACGUUUCAGGUCAAGGAAGGGUGACUACGCGACAAAUGUGUUAGGAGUUUGUAGUCGAAACCUACAAUUCAUAUAUGCGUUGUCUGGUUGGGAAGGCUCCGCCACAGACUCGAGAGUGCUUCGAAAUGCCUUGGUGAGGCCUAACGGGUUGAAAAUUCCACAGGGUCGUUACUACCUCGUCGAUGCCGAUUACACUAAUGGACCGGGAUUAUUAGCACCGUUCAGGGGUCAACGAUACCAUAUAAACAUUUGGAGGCAAGGACACGUGCCCCAGAGCAGAGAAGAGUGCUUCAACAUGAAGCACUCUGCCGCACGCAAUGUUGUGGAAAGAUGCUUUGGGGUGCUUAAGAUGAGAUGGGGAAUCUUGAGAUCCUACUCUUUCUAUCCCAUUAGGACUCAAUGUCGCAUCGUCACAGCAUGUUGCCUCCUCCACAAUCUCAUUAAGCGUACAAUGGCCGUGGAUCCUGUUGAGGCUGAAUACACGGCAUGGGAGCAGCAAAACCUACAUAAUGUGCCACCUGAAGAGUACAUUACAACCGUUGAAACAUCGAACGAAUGGACCCAAAUGAGGGAUAACUUGGCAACCGAAAUGUACAAUGAUUGGUUAGCUUAUCAUGGGGCUGGCCAAUAGGAUAUCUUUAAAUUGUGUUGUUUGUUUGUUUUAAGUGGAUUUGUUUUAUAGACUUGUUGAACAAUUCUGGCCAAUGUUGAAACAUAUGAACUAGUUCCAUGUAAUAACAUACUAUUUUGUGA